UCUGUUUUACCUAGAUACAAGUGACGUCAUGCUCAGAAUAAAUUCCCAUUGGCUCAGAUGAAGGUUUGUUCAGCGUCACCUCUUGUUUUCUCCUCAUUUCAACUCUGAUUGUGGAGCAGGAAGGAUGAUCUCUGUUUCUCUCUUCAGACAAACCCACAAAGCUUCACUCUGGUAAAUCUUCAGACGGUCACAAUGCAGAUCUUUGCUGCUCUGGUUCUCCUGGGAACAGCCCUGCAUGGCGCUGCACCAAUGACUCACUCUAUGAUGAAUUUCAUCACUGCAUCGUCUCAAGUCCCAAACUUCCCAGAGUUUGUGUUUGUUGGUUUGGUUAAUGAUAUUGAGGUAGUGCAUUAUGAUAGUAACAGCAGGAAAUAUGAACCCAAACAGGAGUGGAUGAUCAGAGUCACAGAAGAUGAUCCUCAGUACUGGCAGAGGGAGACUGAGAUUCUAUUUGGUGACCAGCAGGUCUUCAAAAACAACAUUGAAGUUGUAAAGCAGCGCUUCAACCAAACUGGAGGUGUCCACAUACUCCAGAGGAUGAUUGGCUGUGAAUGGGAUGAUGAGACUGAUGAGGUCAAAGGUUAUGAACAGUAUGCUUAUGAUGGAGAAGACUUAUCAUUGGACCUGGAGACAGAGACAUGGGUCGCUCCAAAACAACAGGCUGUCAUCACCAAACACAAGUGGGAUAAUAAUAAAGCUUGGAUGGAUCGGUACAAACACUACCACACCGUGUAUUGUCCUGCGGAGCUGAAGAAGCUUGUGAACUUGGGGAGGAGCUCUCUGCUGAGAAAAGACCUUCCCUCAGUGUCUCUCCUCCAGAAGACUCCCUCCUCUCCAGUCAGCUGCCACGCUACAGGUUUCUACCCUGACGGAGCCAUGAUGUUCUGGAGGAAAGAUGGAGAGGAGCUUCAUGAGGACGUGGACCUCGGAGAGAUCCUCCCCAACCACGAUGGAUCCUUCCAGAUGAGUGUUGACCUGGACCUCUCAUCAGUCAAACCUGAAGACUGGACCAGGUACGACUGUGUGUUUCAGCGGGUUGGUGUGAAGGAGCACAUCUUCACCAGACUGGAAGAAGAAAAGAUCAGGACCAACAGAGAGAAACCCACUGACAAGAACGGCAUCAACAUUCCUGCAGUCGUUGUUCCUCUCGUCCUCCUCCUCCUCCUCCUCGCUGUGAUUGGAUUCUUAGUUUACAGAAGAAGAAUAAGAGGAAGAUGGUGUUAGAAGAUACUCUGGCAUUUGGCAGUUGUGACGACUAAAACAAUGUGUGUGCCGUUCAUAUUUGACUUCAUACAGAUUUUCCAUAACAAAGUUGAGAGUUUGAUUAAAAAGUAUGAAGAGAAAGACACAGAUUCUUUCAGAAACCUUCACAUCAGCAGGUCAGAUAAAGUGUAAUAUUAAAAAGUCAAAUAUGAACCUUAAGAAAAACAGUGACACCAAAUACAGAAACAGUGUUGAAAAGGAUUAAAAAUAAAUAAUUUGUUUAAAAGGCAUAUUAGCUAAAUGCUUACAAAAUGUUCACACUAGUUAAUGAAUCAUGGAUAUUUGAGGUCUAAAUGAAGCUGUAAAUAUGAGGCUUUGUGGAAUUUUACUCUCCAAACCUCUAUGGUAAAUAAUUCAGAUUUUUAUAUCUAUAUCUAUUUUCUAUUUUCUCUUUAGGUUUAUGGACACAUUUUGCACUGUGUCUGUAGUGCACUAUGGGACAUUUAGCAGAUAUGGUUAAUAAAACAGUGGUCAUAAAUAUUAAUAAAAAUAUGUUAUGCAAAAAUCUUUGUAAUAUUAACAAAGGAUGGGUGGGGGGUAAACACACUUCCAUUAUUUAAGUUAAGUUUUAUACAUGAAGUUUAUGUGAAAUGUCUGAUUCCCUGAUGAGAUUUAUGAAACAUUUUUGAUUUGACCUCUGCAGAAUUUCUCACAUAUGAGAACCAUGGACGACUUUGUGUUUCAUUCUGAAGUGAACAAUCAUUUCAUUUGCUUUGAAUUCUCAGAAAUCCUUCUUUUGCAAUUGAAAAUAUAAUUCAAAGAAAAGGAACAAAUGUCCAAACUUGUUUUUAAAUGAGUGACAUUUUCCUGGUUAACAGAUUCAGCAGAUGUGGUUUAACACAAACUGGUGGUGAGCAUAAAUAUUAGACACAAGCCUGAAGUGGAAGGUGAGCUUCUCAAGGGUUUUAAUAUUUAUAAUGUUCCACUUAAACAUGUUAAAUCCAGAAACCCUGUGACAACACAGGACAACAUGUGUAAGUUGUUGUGUGAUGCUGGUGUCUCUGUGUGUCCUGUCAUGUCCCGUACAACACUUCUAAACUCUGUCAUGUUGUGGAGAAGAUCUCUGAUCUGUUUCACAAGGUUUUAUGGAGAAGAAGCUCUUUUUCUUUAGUUUUAUUUGGUGAACUGGAUUCUGUUCUUCACUUAAAAAGUACACCAGUGUGUAAAUCAUCAUGUAAAGAUAUGGUGUGUAUAAUAUAUAAAGCUGUAAAAUAAAUGUUUCAUCUGGAUUUCUAGAAUGUUUUGUUUUAAUUUCCUUCAAAUAACUUUUCUUCGUUCAUUGCUCUCAAAACUUCUUUUUAUGGCUCAUUUUUAAUUGUCAGUUUUUAUCAUGUGUCAAUAUAAUAUCAAGAUAAAAUUAAUUGUGUAAUGUUGAUUUGUAAACUUUAUUUCAAUUUCUUCCAGAUAACCUUUUUUCUUAAAUUUAGCUUGUGUUCAUCACACGUUUUAAUUAGUCAGUUUUUAUCACGUUAGUAAAAUAGAACACUGAAAGUUGUGAAACCUAAAGUGGGAAACUGUUUGUUUGAUUUUCUUUCAAAGCUUCUUUUUAUGACUCUUAUUUAUUUGUUUGAAUCCGGCUCAGAGUCUUUUCCUGCAAGUCUCCCCCUUUCACUCUGUAUCUCUCCCACUAUUAAAUAAAGCUGAAAAAUGGACAAAAAA